UAUAAUUGUGUCCGAGACAUACUGGUGAUGUAUCUUUCGACGAUGAUAAGCAUAAGUUUCACGAGAAGUAGACGCAAAAUCAGCUUGUCGAAUCUUAUCAACAGUGUCGGCGCCGAAUUAGUCUAGCCCAACCCUCGCAGGGCUUCCAUCGGUUAGGUACCAGAUCUGAAGUCGUUAAGGAUACCUUGAAGACUGCACCGGCCUUAAGCGAAAGUCGUUUGCGAACUUUUGAUUUCUUUAUAGAUAUCAAUAGUUAAUAUAUUAUAUCUUAGGAAAAAGUUAUAACCUAUUAUUUAACUCCUGCUCACCAUGGAGGAUGCUCAAAAUAACGAGCGCCGGAGUGGUUCCCGACAAUUUCACAGAAAGUCCCGUAAUAGCUGUGUGCCUUGUCGGAGGCGUCGCGUUAGAUGCAACCUGCAGCCACCUAUCUGUGCCAAUUGUCAUAGACGUAACGAAUCCUGCUCUUAUACUUCACCAAACGCUUAUGAAUUAGCCCCUAUUCCAUUUUCGAAGGCACAAGCGAAAGCCUCUGCCUGGAAAUCUAAUGUCGGUAAUAACUCUAAGGACUUUACAGGCUUUGGAAGCACGGAAUUUGAUUUGAAUUCCCAGGCCCUCUAUGAUAAUAUGAGCCUAUACAGGACGUGGCAACAAAUUCUAGACCCAUGUGCAACGAGUUCAAUGAUUCAAGUCAUGGAGGAGACGUACCUCCUAUCGUUGCUACCGAAUAUUAAAGGCGGACUUUUUGGUUAUGAAUUCGAUCGCCUAGCAAGCACUUUUGAGUACGUACAUCGAACAUUCACAGCGCUCUACGAGCUUCACCAAUGGUCACAAAAUACAUCGCGCUCAAAUCUAUAUACUUUCGCAUACCAACAUCAUAUCGAAGCAUCAGUCUUGUUCAGGCACUCGCAGCCGGAGGUGAAUGGGACUAAUUGGAUGGCUGUUUUGAUAUUUGGAAUCGGAGUCAUAGUCUUCCAAUUCGCAGCCUUCCUAAAAACACCUGACACGAUAGACAAUUAUCUUGAGCUACUCCAUAUCUUGCGCGGUUCUUUCCAGUUGGCUAUUGAGUUGGCGCCUUUUCUACGAAUGAGCUCACUAAUGCUCCUCACCCAGCCUCGCUUACACUCACCUAAGUUGCAUCUAGAUGAACUCGUACUGAAUAUCUUAGCCUGCCUUGAUUCACUCGGCUACCCUGAGGAUACUACCGGUGAAAUGAAGCGCGCUUGCUUACAGUCGAUCAUAUCCCUAAAAGAAUGGAUCAUUGAGGUCAAUGGGUAUCCUGGAAACUGGCGUCAGUAUAUGGAUUGGCCAGCCGCUGUCCCGGAGGAGUAUCUCUCUGCGAUUUCACAAAGACACCCAACGUCCCUUGUCAUAUUCAUUUAUUGGUGUUCUAUCAUGCAUCGCUGUCCAAAGAGGUGGUAUGCUGGUUGGGCUAGCAGAGCUGCAUCAGUAGCUAUGAGACACCUAGGGGGGGAGUGGAAUCAUGUAUUAGAAGCACCCCGGAAGCUGUUGGCAUUCGAACCUGGGGAUUCCAACCCCUAUACGCGACCUUAAGGAGGAUAGCAGCCAAGGGCGGAAUCUCGGAAAUUAAUCCCGACCCCUAAUCCCCAUUAUUCCCUCAUGAGAUGACAUUCCAACAUGAUUCACUUACUCAAACCUACGUAGCUUGCUGUUAUGGCUACAUACUCUAACUAGAAUAUAAACACAGAUUGUAAGAGGUAUUUGUUAGGUGAUUGGUAUUUGCUGGAAU